AAGAGUGGUAUAACUGCUCUUUCUCUCGGUAGCCGCACAGCUUCAGGUGCCAUACCUCCACCGCUGGACCCGCCACCACCAUGCCUCGUCAUAUUUCUGAAAUCAAAGAUUUCUUGCUAACAGCAAGAAGAAAGGAUGCAAAAUCUGUGAAAAUCAAGAAGAACAAAGAUAAUGUAAAAUUUAAAGUAUGGUGCAGUAGAUAUCUGUACACACUAGUCAUCUCAGACAAAGAAAAGGCUGAAAAGCUCAAACAGUCCUUGCCCCCAGGUUUGGCUGUCAAAGAACUCAAGUGAAGAGCUGCAAUUUCAAUGUUCAGAUUUUAUUGAAAUAAAAUGACAAAAGGCAAAAAAAAAA